AUGCCAUACAAAUCCCGCUGGCACAUCGACAUCCCCAACACCCACCUCGCCUCGCUCCUCCUCAAGUCUCCGACGGCACCGCUCUCCCAAACGCAUAGAUGCUACCUCGAAGCCGCACGCCCAGACACGCACUACCUCACGACUCAUGACUUCCGCCUCUGGAGCCAGCGUGUCGCGGUGGGCCUGCGCAAGGCCGGCCUGAAGCCCGGCGACCGCGUGCUGCUGUUCUCCGGGAACGACCUGUUCUUCCCCGUCGUUUUCAUGGGCAUCAUUAUGGCGGGCGGUAUCUUCACCGGCGCAAACCCGACCUACGUCGCCCGCGAGCUAGCCUUCCAGCUACAAGACAGCGGCGCGACGAUUAUGAUCUGCGCAGCGGCGAGCCUCGACACCGGCAUUGAGGCGGCGCAGAUUGCGGGCCUCGCUCGGGAUAAGGUGUUUGUGUUUGACAAUGCGAUCUACGAUAACCGCGGCGCGGGCCAGAAGGGGUGUCCGUACUGGGGGGAGCUGGUGGCACCGCCAGAAGAAGGCCUCGGGUUCGCCUGGGAGCUGCUGGACACGCCGGCGUUGGCGGAUACCACGCUCGCGCUGAAUUAUUCGUCCGGCACGACAGGCCGAUCUAAGGGCGUAGAAAUCACGCAUAAGAACUACGUCGCGAAUAUGCUGCAGUAUACCCAUAUGGGAACCCUGCACCCGGACUACGAUGCGCGCCGAGCGCGGGCACGCUGGCUGUGCUUCUUGCCCAUGUACCAUGCCAUGGCGCAGAGUAUCUUUAUUGCGGGGGCACUGUGGCGCGGUACGCCGGUGUAUAUGAUGCCAAGGUUCGACUUUAUCCAGAUGCUCGAGUACACGCAGAAGUUUCGGAUCACGGACUUGAUUCUCGUGCCGCCGGUGGUGGUUGCGCUGGCUAAGCACCCCGCUGUGAAGAAAUAUGAUCUGAGCAGUGUGGAGAGUGUGGGUAGUGGUGCGGCGCCCUUGGGGCGGGAGGUUUGUGCCGAGGUGGAGAAGCUGUGGCCGGAAGGGAAGAUUAAUAUCAAACAGGGCUGGGGGAUGACCGAAACAACAUGCUCUCUCCUAGGCUGGGAUCCGACAAAGACAAGUCUCUCUGCCUCUGUCGGCGAACCAAACGCCAACUGCGAGGCCAAGAUCAUGGCCGAGGAUGGUGUCACCGAACUCCUGGAGCGCAACCAGCGGGGGGAGCUGUGGGUGCGCGGGCAGAACAUCAUGAAGGGGUACUGGCACAAUCAACGGGCAACCAGGGAAACCAAGACCGAGGAUGGGUGGCUCCGGACUGGUGAUAUCGCCUAUGUGGAUGACGAGGGCAGGUUCCACGUUGUGGAUCGGCUGAAGGAGUUGAUCAAGGUCAAGGGUAACCAGGUCGCUCCUGCGGAAUUGGAAGCGCUGCUUCUCGAACACCCAGCCGUGGCAGACGCUGCCGUCGUGGGCGUCACAGUCAAUCACGACGAGCGUCCUCGUGCAUAUAUCGUCCUUACAGCCGGUCAGUCGGCCACUGCAGAGGACAUUUUGCGGUUCAUGGACGGCAAGGUCUCCGCAACCAAGCGGAUCACCGGCGGGGUGGUAUUCCUCCCCGCGAUUCCGAAGAACCCCUCGGGCAAGAUUCUGCGCAAGGUGCUGCGCGAGCUAGCAGCCGUGGAGCUGAAGCAGGCAGGCGCCACGGCGAAACUGUAG